UCACUCACCCACUCACCCGCUCACUGGUGAGUGACAGUGUCACCCUCUCAGGAUGUGACACGUGGAUCUUCCCUCUCAUCCAGAUGGGGCAACUUGGAGUGGACAUCGAUGAGAAGUGCACCCUGCGUCUCCUAUCGUCACGUCCCCAUGGGAGCCGUCUCACCCUGGCCACCGGCUACUUGAACGUCCCCGAUUCUCUCUCCGCGAGGCUCCUCGGCAGUCGGGGCGACGUCUCCGUUCUCGCCGCGUCUCCCGAGGCAAAUGGAUUCUACGGAGCGAGCGGCGUGCUGGGGGCAGUGCCGCACGCGUACUCACUCAUCGCUCGCAGGUUCUUUGAGCGUCUGCACUGCGGCGUAGCGGAGGCGGCCAUGUUUGAGUACAAGAGGCCUGGCUGGACGUUCCACGCCAAAGCCAUGUUGGAUAUGGGCGGCGGCGGACAUAUUGGAUGA